AUCACCAAUAUUCUUCUCUUUCCAACUUCAGUCACAUUUCCUUUCAAAACCCUCACCAGACCAGAGCGGCAGAGCCCACGCUUCCUCCACGCACAGACUUCAAAAAUGGCAUCUCAUAACCACCACCACUGCUGCCCAAACCCACCUCCCACCACCACUUGUUGCUGCAGUUCUAGCCACUGUUAUGUCCAACAACACCAAUUUGCACCACCACAAGCGCCCGCAGAUCCACUCCUCCAAACUAUAGCCACCCUUCUCCAGCAACAUCAGCAGCAACAAUCACUACCCACAUACCAGACAAAACCCCAUAACCUUCAGAAUCCACAGCUCCAAAAGCAACACUUUCAGCAGCAAAAUACUUACUUGAAACAACAAGAGCUGCACAGUCAAACCCAGUCUAUUCUCUCUUCACUUCUCGAUCGAAUCAAUGUCCUUGAAUCCUCGCUCCACCAGUUUUGCAUAUCUGGGUUUCAUCAUGCUCCUUCAAGUCCUGUAAGAUAUGCAGCUGCUCGGGUUAUUCAAGUCCACUUCCGUGCCUUUCUCGUUCGCAGAUCAAGAACCCUUAGGCAGCUCAAGGAGCUUGCUUUCAUCAAAUCGAGUGUCAACUCUCUCAAAUCCUCUGUCUCUAAUGAAGCCCAUUUCAAUGUGGAGGUUGUUUAUCGUAAAGCCAUGGAUUUGCUUCUUAAACUUGAUUCCAUUCAGGGUGGGGAUCCAAUGAUCAGAGAUGGGAAGAGGUCAGUUAGCAGAGAAUUGGUUAGGUUUUUAGAGUUUGUUGAUGGGUUUGCUGUGAAAAGGCAUGCAGUUUCAUUCCAGUCUAGAAAAGGAGUGAAAUUGGUGCAUAAAGUAACCAAAUCUAGCAAUUUGAGGAAGCCUAAUAGUGAUAGCGGUCAGUCUGAUAAGAAGGAAAUCAUAGACAAUUUGAGAGAAAGAAUUGAAAAGAUCAGUAAUGUUACUAGGGUUUGUGAGAAUGAUCUGGAAGAGGUGGAGUUUGACGGGUUUCAACAAGUCGUUGAUGAAGAUGAUCAUGAUCAUGAUUAUGAAAACUCUAGGCCUACCAUUAAUGGGAAGUCUGGGAUUCCCAAAACUCGAGAUGGGAUUUUGAUCCUGAGGAAUGGGAAUCAACCUAGAGUGAGAAAAAGUGUGAGCUUUCCUGAAAAUGGGAGUUUGUCAAGGGUUUUUGGCAAUGCUUGUGAACCAGUUUCAGGUGGGGAAGGUAUUUCCGCAGAUGGGAGUGUUUCUACCGAUGAAGAAGAGGCUGUGGACAACAAAGCACACAUGGAGAAUGGGGGAUCUCCUCAUAGCAAUGGUGGAGUGAACUUCACAUUUUCUGCUCCAGCGCCUGUAAGAAUGGACAGUAGAGUUGACUUAUUGAACAAGAGGAAGGCUGGAAAAGAAGGAUUGCUAUCUCUACCAGGAUCAUACUCCAUAAUUGAGAAAUGACAGGUCCUUCAGAGUUUCCUAAUGGUGGCAUGUUGGCUAAUUUGGUUGGAAGGAACAAACGAACUUUCAAUGAAAAGGAAGCUGAUGUAGACCCUUUUUUUUUUUUUUUAUAGAUAAUCUGCUCUCUACUAGCAGGUUUCUGCUUUCUGUAACUUCAUAGGUACAAUUCACUUGGUGGGCACUAAAUGUUUUUCUUUGGCAGGUUUUGUAGUUUCUCAUUCUUUUUCUU